AUGUGUUUAUUAUUAAUCUCUAUUAAGGAAAAAGCUGAAGUCAAAGAAGCAUUUGAUCGUUAUCGUGAAGAAGUAUCUGAAAUGGUUGAAAAUAUAGAAAUGAUCACUUUAGAUAAAGAAAUGACCGAAGAAAAACUAGAAAAAUUGACUGGAGAAAUUGAAUUACUUAAGGAACAAGUAGAAGAAUUAACUCUUGAGAAUCAAAUCUUGAAAAAAGAAUUUGAAGAAAAAGGUUAGUAGUAAUGAUUUAAGUUGUUUCAAGGUUAUUUUAAAAUCGUUUCUAUUGUAUAUGUUAUUAUUAUUCAUUAGGGUUCCUAGUGGAACAUAUUGCUUCAGCAACACAUCGAUCGAUAUUUCAUCCUGUCGCCUUCGGCCUGUCGUAGCUGGCCCCACGAUUGCUCAUAACUUUCAUCUCCACUUCACACGGCCUCCUUCAUGUCACUCUCGUGUGCCCAACUCAUCGAUUGUUGUUUGAAUCUCACUCGAGGGUCUGGCACGUGAUGUGUCACUCGAUAGUUUUCUCAGCCUAUGUCCAAUGCGUUUAUGUUUUCCUCUGCAUAUUUGUUGGACGAUAUGAUCUUGGGUGGUUUUUUCGUGCCGGAGCUCCUGGUUGCUUGCUUAUCCUUACUUGUCAUUUAAUCUGCAGUAUGGAGCGAACGCAUCUGAAGCCUCUUCGAAAAGUUUCUACUAUAGUUGGGAUAAACUACUGAAAAGGAAAUUGUACUAGUCAAGUGAUUUACACAGCAGUGUUUCCAUUGAUAUCUUAGCUCUUAAAAAUUCUCGUUUAACACCUCACAGAAUGUGAUCUAACCACCCAUCUGAACUUUCUAUAAGAUGCUAUUAACCACGUUAGCUCACAGGUUGCGAAACAAGUCAAUCAACUAAGGUAGAGACACAGGCACAUCGUGAUAACAAUUUCAUCGUAUUUUAUUAUCAGUCAUUUAUAACUUGGAUAAACAUUUCACUUUUUUUCUUCAGUGUUAUCGGCUUUACUCUAAUCGCAGAACUGUCAACUGACAUUGUGCUCAUUACUUUUCAGGAGCUAUUGUGGUAACUAUCUCCAUACUUGUUGUUCAUGUAUUUUGAGAAGUCAUUUUAUAUACUUCAAGGUAGUAUUUAGGCAUCUACUGAAUGAGUUCAUCAGUCCAGUUGUUAGCGCCAGAUGUCCGGAUUCGCCCUUUCAACCAGGCAGCUUAAAGGUAGUAAACAUGAAUUACGUAAUCAAAGGCUAUAAACGCGUAAGCACAUGAGACGACUUCUAGAGGAAGACUGAAGUCUACCCACCGUCGACCGUACCAGGUCGUUAAUUGUAGCUGUAUACCAAACUGAAGCUGAUCAAUUCGUGUCAGAUUUAUCAGCAGGGAAUCACGUAAAUAAGCUAAUACUGUCAGUGCGUGACAUUACUCAAAACUCAUUUUUCAAUUCUGAGGAUAAAGAUUAACUGAUUGGUAAAGAAGAAUAUGUAAAAAUAUAAAAGGUCACCCUGUCCCUUUAUAGAAUAAUUUUAUUUGGGGAGAAAAACAGUGAUGCAACAUUUUUUACUGAUGACGUUUCGACAACAAUUUAUUGCUUACAACUAUAUCAAGGCACUCACAUAACUUUUAAACUUCGUUUAUGUAAUUCUAUUAUUUCUUAUCCAUAUCUCCAGUAUACCAGCGUUACGUUAUUCCUACUCAUGUGUUACCUAUAGAUUAAAUGAAGAAAAAUUCAAUGCUCGAUUUCUCUCUCCACCUAUUUAUAUUACUUUUUAGAACUGUAGCUCUCUCCCCAUUGUAUUGUGUGAUUUUCAUUUUUGUGAAGUCCAUCAUUUCACACUAAGCCAAAUUCGUAUGCUCCAAUAAUCUGACCAAACAACUGGUCUUAUAGUUGUAGUUGAUCUCACAGUCACUGCAGGUCAUUAUAUUGAUUAAAUAGUUUUGUCUAAUAGGGUCCCUUAAUCUCUGAGUUACUUUGUAGGUUUAAAUUCCACCCUAAUUCCUGCCUUGUUAUGAAUCCUACGUCGAGUUAUUUUAUCGAAUGAAAUGAUCCCAUGAUAUGGAAUUAUACUCUGUUCCUACAUCAAGGGUAACUGCGUUUUCUUGUCUAGAAAUUCGCCAACAUUUUUCUCUUACUUAAGGAGAUAAAUUACUAGACAUUGCGUUCCUAGUUACUUAUUGCAUUCUACGUUGUUAUCUCUCUUUCUCUUUCUUGUGGAAAAUACCCGGUGCAGUAUCAGUCGGUGUUGAAGGCGG